AUGACAGGCACACCUGGUUCGACCACAAUUAAUCCUGAUGGUUCCACUCCAUACAACCCUGAUGGUACCAGACCUGGUUCAACCACAAUCAAUCCUGAUGGUACGAGACCUGGUUUGACCACAAUCAAUCCUGAUGGUACCAGACCUGGUUCGACCACAAUUAAUCCUGAUGGUUCCACUCCAUACAACCCUGAUGGUACCAGACCUGGUUCGACCACAAUUAAUCCUGAUGGUUCCACUCCAUACAACCCUGAUGGUACCAGACCUGGUUCGACCACAAUUAAUCCUGAUGGUUCCACUCCAUACAACCCUGAUGGUACCAGACCUGGUUCAACCACAAUCAACCCUGAUGGGUCCAGACCUGGUUCAACUAAAAUAAACCCUGAUAGUUCCACUGAAUUCUACCCUCAUGGUACUAGACCUGGUUCCACUCCAUUCAACCCUGAUGGUUCCAGACCUGGUUCAACCACAAUCAAUCCUGAUGGUUCCACUCCAUACAAUCUUGAUGGUUCUACUUCAUACAACCCUGAUGGUACUAGACCUGGCUCAACCACAAUAAAUCCUGAUAGGUCCAUCCCUGGAGGUAUCGGUAUUGCAGUGGACACCUUCCACCCAUCCUACCGUAACGAGCCAAUCUCUGUCAGCAUUCUCAGAGUGCUCUUCUACUACCACAAGGACAGGAAGUUUUCGGCCGUCCAUCCCAAUGGUUAUGGCUUCACUCCCGCCCCUCCGUCCACGCUUACGCGCACAGACAUUGUCGUAUCCAUGCCGCCUUCACCUGCCGACACAACCCCGGAUGGUAGCGGAGACUCUACUCCAGUCAAUCCCCUCCAUCCCGCCUUCCAAGGUGUCAACUUGAUUCCUGGCGGUGGGCACCCCCAGGAGAUGGUGCAGCUAGGGGACUCUAGCACGCUCGUAUUCCAGCCUGACUUCAAUGUUUCCGCACACGCGGGGCAGCCAUAUUCCCGUGGAGCAUGGGUGUCAUCCGUUGUCAUCCAGUUAAUGGCAUCCAGUCAUAUAACAACUACAUUGCCGCAGGCUAAUGCGGGAAAAUCGUUCCAUUGA